UCUUCACCCUUUUCUUUUCCCUAGAAAUCCAACCCCUCUUCCCGUUUUCGUCGUGGUCUCUCUCUCUCUCUUUCGCACGGCGAUUGGGUCUCAGAGAGAGACGGAGAUGGGUGGAGGAGGGGAGAAGAGAGGCGACGGGGAGGAGGGGGUGAUGGCGACGGACUUCUUCUGGUCAUACACCGACGAGCCGCACGCCUCCCGGAGGAAGCAAAUCCUCGCGGAGUACCCCCAGAUCAGAGAGCUCUUCGGCCCCGAUCCCUGGGCUUUCCUCAAGAUUACUGCAGUCGUUUCUCUUCAGCUAGGUACUGCAACUUACCUCCACAGCUCCAGCUGGCUGAAGAUUUUAACAGUUGCAUACUUCUUUGGCUCGUUCCUCAACCACAACCUCUUUUUAGCCAUCCAUGAGCUCAGCCACAACCUUGCCUUCUCAACUCCAGCCUACAACCGCUGGCUAGGAAUCUUUGCCAAUCUCCCCAUUGGUGUCCCUAUGUCCAUUACCUUCCAAAAGUAUCACUUGGAACACCACCGCUUCCAAGGUGUCGACGGCAUUGACAUGGACAUUCCCAGUUAUGUAGAGGCUCAUGCUGUCACCAACAUUGUCACCAAAUCCCUAUGGAUCAUCUUCCAGCUCUUCUUCUAUGCUCUGAGGCCACUCUUUCUCAAGCCCAAACGCUCUUGUCUGUGGGAAUUUAUCAAUUUAGUAACCCAGCUAGCUCUUGAUGGCUCGCUGGUGUAUCUCUGGGGUUGGAGAUCUCUUGCUUAUCUUAUACUUUCAACAUUUGUCGGCGGCGGCUUGCAUCCGAUGGCAGGGCACUUCAUCUCCGAGCACUAUGUUUUCAAUCCAGACCAAGAGACCUACUCAUACUAUGGCCCCUUAAAUCUGAUGACAUGGAGCGUGGGAUACCACAAUGAGCACCAUGAUUUCCCAAGAAUACCAGGGAGCAGGCUCUACAAGUUGAAGGAAAUGGCACCGGAGUACUACAAGAACCUCAAGUCUUACAGAUCAUGGAGCCAGGUGAUUUACAUGUAUAUUAUGGAUCAGACCAUCGGACCUUUCAGCCGGAUGAAGAGGAAGCAAUCCAAGAACAAUGGGGAUGUCAAGAAAGAUAUUAGAGUUACAACAAUCCACAAAGAUAUUAGAGAUCGCAUGGGGCAUGCCCAAGUAUUGCCAUCAGAGAAUUGACUGCUGCAUCUCUGAACUCACUCCAUGUAAAUUUACACCUCUUCAACAUGGGGAUUUUCAGUCAGGUUACAAUCUUAAAUUCUGCUUGCAAAGAAUUAUUUCGACAGGUGCUGGUUGGUGAAACAGGUGUAUGAAUACAAACAUGAACAUCCACAAGCUUUUUAGUUGUCAUGGAAUCGGUGGGAUUCACAAAAACAAAUUAUUCUGAACACAAAAAAGAAAUACAAAAAUAUCCUUCAACAUAAAGUUCCAUGAUAACAGUGACAUAAACUGGUCGCUGAGCGUUUCCAUCAGCCCCUCCCCAUGAUUGCUGCCCCGGAGGCAUUGCUACAUUAUGGAAGUCAGAGGAUGAUGGUUAAUGAAAGCAUGUCUGCUGAAAUGCAAGCUGCAAAGGCUGCUGUCAUGCCUAACCGCAUUACCGCACGUAGAACUCCUGCUACAACAAUUGAUAGCUUGCACAAAUUACCUUUGGAAGUCAGAAGUCAGACAAGGCCGAUGCCCAUCUUGCUGUAUCAUUGUGAUAUAGCUUCAUACAACUACUACUGUGUAAGAAUGAUGUGAAUAAACAUUUGUGCAGAUACUACAGCACUUCCAAUGCCA